CUUAAUCUAUAUACUAUUGUCUAUUGAUUAAGUCCCCGUUUGGCAUUGCUUAUUUUGGGUAAUAAGUGAUUUUUAAAAAAUUUCGGGAAGCCCAACCCGUUUGGUAACCUAUAAGAAAAUCACUUAUUGUUAAAAAUUGCUGUGAGAGAAAGCAAUAAAUGAAAGCAGCUAAUGACCUGCUUUCAUUUUCUGAUUAUACGAUAAUCAAAUUUGAGAAGCGCUAGGUUUUAAUGAACUUUACAAACUUCCAAAAAUACCCCAAUCUAUUUUCACGCUCUCUCUUCCUCCUUCCCUCACAUCACGUUGCUUCUUCUCACAAUCUCUUCACAGAGCCCACUCCCCUCCUUCUCUUCAAUUCUGCCUACAGUAGUUUUUUCUUGUUGGAUCAAUUGAAGCGCAUUGCUGAGCCACAAGACUCAGGGUAUACCUACCCAAAAUGUGAUGGCUGCAUGCAAUUUAUAUUUGCAUGUGCCGGAUGGGAAGGCACGGCCCAUGACACAAGGAUAUUUCUAUCGGCUUUACGUGAUCAAAGUUUGAAUUUUCCUAAACUUCCAAAUGGAAAAUUUUAUCUAGUAGAUGCGGGAUACCCACAAAUGAGAGGCUACUUAGGACCAUAUAAAGGUGAAAGAUAUCAUCAUCUUCCUGAUUUUCGUAGGGGUGUUCAACCAAUGGGUCAUAAAGAGGUAUUCAAUCAUACACACUCUUCUCUGAGAAGUGUUAUUGAACGCACUUUUGGAGUAUGGAAAAAGAGAUGGAGUAUUUUACGCGACAUGCCUAGUUAUCCUUUUGCAAAACAAGUCAAAAUAGUUAUUGCAACCAUGACACUUCAUAACUAUAUAAGAAGACAUGCCAAACGUGAUUGUCAUUUUGAUGAAAGUGAAGAUGACCUAAAUGGUACUCAAGAUGAAGAGAUUGAGAGAGAGGUUGAUGCACAACAAGAAGAUGGUCCUGUAACACAAGAAAUGGAGGCAUUGAGAAAUCAUAUAACCGCAAGUUUAAUGAGUUCAUCUGGUUAGAAAUGUAUAUGAUUGCUUAUUUAUGACUAGUUUAAUUUUUGUUAUGACCAUAUUAUUGACAAUAUAUUUAUUUUUAAUUGAAUACUU